AUGUCCUCUCGUAGCACCUCUUAUGUCCCUACCAGCUCUUCUAUGGCAGUGGCAGUGUCCCACGAGGAUUACAGGUCUUCCAAGGCUAGCGAUUACAAGGUUGACAUUCACCAUCGGAACAAUGGCAGGAGUGUUAGCAUCUAUAAUCACCACAGCUCUGGUUAUGACAAUACUGCACCACACCCUGAUUACAGAGCAUCUACCGCAAGGACAGAUUCCCGAAAACCACCUUCCCAGUCCUAA